AUGCAGUAUUCCGUACAGAUUCGAGACCUGCGUCCGACAGGGGGUCCUGCAAUCUUUAUCCUGUUUUCCGGUCUCGUUGGCUUUUUUUUCGGGCCCGACGUUUCUCGUUCUUGAGCAUCGGCAUCGAUCUCUUGGAAUCGGCAGACCCGCGCUUGACGAUUCAGUGCUUAUCGCCAACGUUAUCGGCACCGCCAGCUGAGGCCAGUGCCGGCCAAGGCCUGAUUUGCGCCCGUCGAUAACGUUCUCCACAUUCGCAAGAACACGCAGCCGAUCGGCGGCGGGUCUUCGAGGUUGGCAGUGUUGCGUUCGGCGAGAGCAUCUGUCUGUCCAUGCCGCCAACUAACCGUUCCUCGCUGGCUCGCUCCCGCACGCCGUAUCCACCCCCAUGGCGGUGAGAGACAAAGACACCGCCGGCGACGUGACCGACGACGGCGCUUCCCACGCUGAGGCCGCGCUGCUUCUCCCCCCAAACUCGGCGCCGUCACUGUCGCCCAAGUCGGAGACCACAACGCCCACCAUGGUCUCGCCUGCGUCCUCCACCUCGCCGGUUCCAUUCGUGAGCCUGGCCGAGCAGACAUUCACCCCGCUGUCGAUGGAUGCGAACGAUUUCUUUCCGUCGGACCCCGCUAACGCCGGCGCGGAUCGCCCGGGGACAAGGUCGCCUGCCGUGCCCGAGAAGGAGACGUUGUUGACCAAGGCGAAGAGUCUGGAGCAGCUGCGACGGGACGGAAGUCUCUGUCGCAGCAGCAGCAACAGCACGGCCCCAACUGCAUCGGCGGCGGGCCGUGGCGGCGCCACAAUCGUCAGCGCCAUGGUGGAAUCGUUUGAGGCGUUGCACGCAGCGACGAGAAACGCCAAUCUUGGAUACGAGCUCCUCCGGUCCAAAAGCCAGGGGCAGCGCCCGGCGGGCCUCGCGUCGCCGCCCUCAACGCUUUCGCCUUCCCCGUCCUUCUCACGCUCGCCGUCGCCAUCCCCGGCCGCGCGUGCGCCCGUGCCCGACUCGCAGCAGCCGACAGCCGACGCUGGUCUUGGCACUGCAGGCCCGAAGACACCCGUUGCAGGGGCCGACGAGGGCAACGCUGCGCCGCAGACUGCCGGUGCAACGCUGAACCCUGGUCCGUCAGCUGCGGUUCUGCUUCCCCCAAAUGCACACGAUGCUUCCGGGCUGCCAUCGUCUGCGCCAUCCUCUCUCGAUGGCCCUCCACCUACCGUCGUCGCCGAUGCCCCAUUGAUCCGACCGACGCCCUCUACAAGCCAGCCGGAAAGCCGGAGCCGUGCCGUCUCUCAUCCGUCCCGACCGCCCACUGUCCACACUUCGUCGACGGCAAGUCUGUCGCUCAGUCACCCGGCGCCCGACCCGGACAAGCUGUCGCAAGCGGGAGGGUUUCUCGGCAACAUUGCCGCCCUUGAGGCGACCGCCGAACGGCUGUCCAUGACGAGUAGUAUCGAGGAGGCCAUCCGCGAAGAGCACAACGAACUCAAGCGCAGCGAAAGCCGGCGCUCGUCGAUCCUGCGUGCCCGUGCGAGGGCAGCGUCGGCUUCGGACACCGGCUCGAUAUACGGCCAGCCUCAGCUUUCGGUCGGCAGCAGGCAGAACUCCAUUCUGGGCACCAACAACGCGGCGCGGUCCGGCGGUUACUCGCCAGGAGGUUAUGUUAUGAACCCCCACCACUCCCUGUCUGCUGCCUCGGGCCGGCUCCGGUCCGGGAGCAAGGCGAGCUCCAUUGGCAUGCCGUUGCACAUUCCAGAGCCCGCCGAUCCCGCUGGAUCCGCGGGAGAAGGCGAACACACACAGGAAUUCCGAUUCCUCCCGCGGCACGGCCCAGGAAAGGCAUCCACUAGGAGCGUGGCCAGCAAGCUGUCGCUUGCACAGAUUGCCGAGCUUGAGCAUCCCACCGCGCUCACCCAAGAGGUUCUCGAUGAAGCCGACCGUGCUGCGGCGGCUGGAGACAGCCCAGAAGAUGAUGAGAACAUCCGAGCUAGCGCCCACCAGUUCAUUGAGGCCGAAUUUGCCCAUGAAGUUGAUGCGUUGCUGCCUGCGCAGGGCCAUGGGGUGCACGACGAACAGCCCCCGCGGCUGCAGCUUCACCAGCCGGACCAAUACCAGCAGUUUGAAGCACGCCGGACCGAUGACGACAGGCCGACAACAUCUGGGUCCGGCACAACGCUCGAACAGGCCCGGGCUGCCUUUGGUGAUUUCGAUGGCGUGCAUUGCGAUCCAGAGGCGGACAGCUUUGCGCCUCGCCCAGAUCCUGACCUUGAUCCUCGGGCGCCGCCACGGCACCAGGCCGCGCCAGCUCCACGGCCCACGUCUUAUUUCGACCCAGUCUCGGGACAGCAAAUGCACUAUUACCCAGCUCCCGUGCCCGCGAUGCUGAACCUACCGCCGAAGUUGUCCAAGAAGCCCAAGGCUCCUGCCCCGAACUUGCGCCGCUCCCAGGUCGUCAGCACAGUGCCAAGGCCACCCCGCGAGUCUCGCUCUUGGCUGCCCAACCCAGUGGAAGGUUUGCGUACGAGCCAUGACGGUGGGCCCUUCAUGGCCGAGUACCUCGGCGGCCAGAAUGUUUCGAACCCCUCGUCGCUGCGGUCUGGAAUGGGUGGCGAGACACCGAAAGAGCCUUCACAUGCCAGGCACGCUUCCGAGGCCACUAUCCACGUUCCCCAGCCGCCUCCAGAGCAGAAAGGCGGAAUGCAGCCGUCCCAGCAUCCGGCUGAGGCCGAGAACCGCAAGUCACGUCCGAUACGCGUUGACGGCCUGCCGCCACAGCUGCGGGCCAGUGUUUUCUUCGACCUGCCUUCUGAAGUGCCCAGCAUCACCGUGAAGGACGGUUCUGCUAUGGACACGCUGGAUAGCCUCCUUGAUGCCUCCACCGUGGCGCCCGUGAGCGCCUUUACCGAUCACGUGUUUGCGGGCAAGCUGGGCGCCGAGGUCUACGGCCCGGAGAAGAAGAGGAAGGUGAAGAAGAGCACGACUGCACCUGCCAUCGCGUCAGAAGACAAGGCGAACAAGCGCAAGACGCUCGUUAAGAGGAACUCGAGCGGCAAUUUGCUUGACCCGAGCGCCGAAGACAAGCCGAAGCGGAAGACGCUCGUCAAGAGGAACUCUAGCGCCAACCUCCUCGAUCCUGACGCUGAGAAGAAACGGGCCAGUCGCUUCUCGCUCUUCGGUCCAAAACGCGGAGCUGAUGAUUCCGAAGGCGACGACGAUGAGGCUGAGAAUUCACGCACUGGUGUGAAGGGCGAUGCCGGGUCCCGCGGGAGCCUCUCUCCAAACCAGCUGGCACCUGAUGCAGACGAGGAAACGGAAGAAGAGAGCGAGGAGGAAGAGCUGGUGUACCAGGGCCCGCCAACGACGCUGCUCGCCGAGCUCCAGCUGCGCAAGCAGCACGACAAGAUGCGCACGCGCGUGCUCCAGCACACGCACCCUGACGGCAUGCGCAGCACGCUGCUCGAACUCGACGCGGUCGCCGAGGUCGAGCGCAAGGCGAGACACGGCAAGCGGGUUACGCUGGCGUGGGAAGAUCCCUCUGCGGUGGCGCGGCAGGACAGCGAUGAUGACGAGGACGUGCCACUCGGCAUGCUCUUCGCCGCGAAAGCAGCCGGCGAGGGGAACCGGUCCACUAUGGACAUCAGUGCGUUCAUGAGCGAAGUGCACCGGCCUCUCGGUCUCCUGGAGCGCCGCGAGAUGGAGGAGAACGAGCCGCUGAGCCGCCGCCGCGAUAGGCUGCAGGGCAAGGUGCCGGCGCAGGUGCCAAUGUCGCUCAGUGCCCUGCACAAACGCGCGAGUCACAUGCCUGGCGGCGGCCCUGGAGGAACGGGUCUACGGUCGCAAUCCCGCCUCACGUUGCCUCUCCAGCCCGGUGGCGGUUCCCGCGCGGGGUCCAUGCUGGGCUCCCGGCCCGGGUCCUCGGCCGGCGACAACCCGAGCGCGGAGCAAAUCGAGCCCGAAAUCGAAGGCGAAACGCUCGCCGCGCGCAAGGCCCGCCUUGCGGCCGAGAACCCGCUCCCGCGCCCUCGCCCCGUCAGCGGCGCCUUCUCGUCCGAACUCCUCAGCCAGUUCAAACCGGACGAGGAUGAGGCCAAGAGCAAAGGCAACACCGCCUCGCACAAUCGCAGCACCUCGGCCGGGCUGGCGGCCGGCAAGGAGAGCAACCCCGCUUCAGCCGACGUGGCUGUGCCGGAGGAGGAAGAAACGCUUGGCCAGCGGCGGCGCAGACUACAGCGCGAGCGCGAGGCACGCGAGCGCGAGAUGGCCUUCAGCAGGCUCACGCGGGCCGCUACACCGCUCGGUCUGAACCCGAACCCCAGUCUAAACGCCAACACCCGUCUCUCUGUGGCUGCUGGCCCCCGCUCGGGACCCAUGGCCCUCGCCGACGUGCUCGGCGCACACCCCGCCGCCGCCGCCCCCGCGGGCGCCGGCCACCCGGCCGUCCCGUCGACCGAUCCGCGCGAGCUCGCGCGUAUGCACCGCGAGGCCGAGGCUGAGCGACAUCGCCGGGAAACGGAGCUGAAGAUGGCCGCGCUGCGCGCCCAGAUGCCCACCAGCUUGCCCGCGCCCAACAUCGGUGCCCGCACCGGCGGCUUCAUGGGCGGUCGGUUUAACGACGGGGCCGGGGGCAGCAACUUACUAGGUGGGAAUGUGAACCCGUAUCCGCAGCAGCAGCAGCAGCAGCUGUAUCAGCAGAGGGCUAGCACGCUACUCGGGAACGGCUCGUUCCUUGGCGCAGGUCUCGGGCAGGGCGCGUUUGGCGGGUCGACGCCCAAUCUCGGCGUGUAUGGCAACGGCGUGCCUGCUGGUGUCGGCUUGAACUCUCUGCCGCUGCAACAGGGAUAUGGCGCCGGCGUGCAGAUGGGCGGUGCGCAGGGGCAUAUGGAUAUGGUCGAGCGGUGGAGGCAGGGGGUCAUGCCUUAGGGGCUUCAUCAACAUGGAAGGUUGCGGAAGAAGGCGGGGUGGACUGUACGAGAAGGAGACGCAAGCUGGACACUUCGGCGAGCUGGAACAGCAUUUUUCCUUGUCUAUAUCUCUGGUUAGACCGUGUUAUAGCAUAGCGCUGCGAUGGGCUCGUUUUUGUGUGUUUAUCUGGCUGUCUAGGUAGACUUGUAAUAUUCCCGGCCUCGUUAGCGUGGACUCGGGUGGUCAUUAGCAUAAUUACAUAUAAGCAUUAUCUUAU